AGAUAUUUUUCAGACAAAGUCUACACAGUUUAUUCGGCACCGCCGGUGCGCUUCUGAUCUUUCGGAUAAAUAACAAAAAAUAGAAGUUUCCAUGACCGAUUCUAAAAUUAGAUUUUAAAAUAGUGAUAACAAGGACAAACGAAAAUAUAUUGUUGCAAUUUCACCAAUAUUUUAUUUACAUUCAAAUGGAUAAGUCAACCGAAGGCGAAAAAAGCCCAGUGGCAAGCGGGAAAAGUGCAAAAAACGGUAAUGACAAAGAGCCCAGUAAGGAGAAGCCUAAAACGGAUACGCAGCAGCAGCAACAGCAACAACAGAAGCCUGCGGUUAAACGUAAGCGAAAGAAGCGUGCCAAGGAUGCAAACGCUCCCGCUUAUCCGUUGACGGGAUAUGUGCGCUACAUGAACGAACGCCGUGAUUCUAUUCGGCUAAAACAUCCAACGUUAACGCCCGUUGAAAUAACUAAGCUGAUGGCGGAAGAAUGGGGCGCUCUUUCCGAUGAUGUAAAGAAACCUUUCCUAGAAGCUGCUGAAGCUGACCGGGUGCGGUAUCAUCGAGAAGUGUCCGAGUACAAAUUACAGUCCAAUAACAGUGAGCCAACAACAAGCAAAAAAGUCAAAACCAACGGAGGUGAAGAUUUAGAUGUGGCCUAUCUCAAUGGGAAGGAGGAAAAGCGCGAAAUUCGUGUCGGAGACUAUGAGAUACCGAUUUUUACCGAUGACUUCUUGGAACACAAUAAGUUGAUUGAUUCAGAGCUGAGAAUCUUGCGUAAAUCAAAUAUCGACUAUGAACAGCAGAACUCGGUUUUGGAGAAGCAUGUUGAAAACAUGGACAACGGUAUCCAAAAAUUAGAAAAUGAGACCAAAGGCCUGAAAAAUCGCAAUGCAAUGCUUCAGAAUCAUUUGCAAAAGCUUCGUUCCGUACUGGCGACCGCUCUGGCUGGGCUGCCAAUUGGAGAGGAGAAAAAGGGUGCCACAAUAGAGAACAUCGACAAGUACAUGUCCGAUCUGCACCAAAUGGCGAAAUCUAGCACUCAUGGACAUACGUUGAAUAAAGCUAAGGACAUAAUUCGAAAGUUGGAUCUGCAGAGCUUAGCCACCUAAAACGGGUCCCAUGUAUGUUUGGCUUAUUUUUAAUCUGAUAACUAUAAAUUUUUUUGUCGAAUGCCUAAUUUUAGUAAACUGUAAGAAUUUUAAAA